AUGGUUUGGGGAAGCAUCAAGAACGCGAUCGGACUUGGCGAACCAGAAUUGCCAGAAGGCCCCACCAAGCUGCCUUCUUACUUUCCAGUCGAACCGAAGGGCUGCGAGAAACACUCUCAGAAGCUAUUCAAUUGCCUUGCAAAUGAGGCAACCACCAAAGCACGAGACAUGGAACGUGCUGGACUACACAAGUCUUAUUUCGCAGACGUGAAGGCGAAGGCAACAGAUGAAACUGCUGCAGCUGCGGUUUCAGAAGACCCUACGAAUCCCGACUUUCCAAAACAAGGCGACAAUCCUCUUGACGAAUGCAGAACAUUCUUGGCAUAUUACCAGCGAUGUUGUGAUCGGCAACUAAAGAAGAGAAAGAACUUUAUCCUGUUGGACCAUGUCCGUGUCCAAGACGAGUACCGAUACAAAGGUCCCAGUGUAGAAGAAGCAAAGUAG